UGUUGAGUCACUUUCUUGCUCAUGCGGCUCUUCCCACCCCACUUCGCCUGCCCCGCGCUCCUCCAAAACAUCCCGCGACACACAAUUGUUCGGAGUAAAAUUGCUCUCUUUACUGCGCCAGCUCGCCCUUUCCAACCCCGCCGCAUAUACAGCGACCAAUCUUCGAUUGGCGCCAUUGAUGACGACAUGGGCAAAGACGACAAGUCCAAGAAUUUCAACUUGAAGGUGCCAAAGGGCACGCGAGACUGGACUGGUGAGGAUGCCGCACUCCGUGAUCGUCUUUUCGAGACAGUAACCACCGUAUUCAAGCGCCACGGCGCCACGACCCUUGACACACCUGUUUUCGAGCUGAAAGAAAUCCUCAGUGGUAAAUACGGAGAGGACUCGAAGCUCAUCUACGACCUCCAAGAUCAAGGAGGAGAACUAUGCUCGCUGCGAUAUGACUUGACGGUUCCGCUUGCACGAUGGCUUGCCAUGAACCCCAGCGUUCAAAGCUUCAAGCGCUACCAGAUCGCAAAGGUCUACCGUCGUGACCAGCCUGCCAUGACAAAAGGCCGCAUGAGGGAGUUCUACCAAUGCGAUUUUGACAUCGCUGGCGCAUACGAUGCCAUGAUCCCCGAUGCCGAAGUUCUCAAGAUUGUAAACGAUGUCUUCAAGGCCCUUGGCUGGGAAUCCUACACCAUCAAGAUGAACCACCGUAAAAUCCUGGACGGUAUGUUCAAAGCCGCUGGUGUGAAAGAAGAUCUGAUACGACCGAUCAGUUCUGCUGUGGACAAAUUGGACAAGCUACCCUGGGCAGAAGUGAAGCAAGAGAUGGAGACGAAGGGUCUAUCCGCAGACAUUGCAGACAAGAUCGGCGAGUGGGUACAGCGCAAGGGUGGAGACGACAUCAUCGAGUUCCUCAAGUCAGACCCUGUGCUCUCGCAAAAUGAGGAUGUAAAGAAGGGUAUCCAGGAUAUGGAGCUGCUGUUCAACUACCUGGACGCUUUCGAUGCCCGGAGUCAUGUGUCAUUCGACUUGUCACUCGCCAGAGGCCUAGACUACUACACUGGUUUGAUUUACGAGGUCGUCACCGAGGGUUCCGCUUCCCAAGGGAAGGGUAAGCAACAAGAGAUCGGCGUCGGCAGCGUCGCAGCGGGUGGUCGUUACGACGGACUAGUGGGCAUGUUCAGUGGCAAGCCUAUUCCGUGUGUGGGUAUUUCCUUUGGCAUCGACCGUAUCAUCAGCAUCAUCAAAGCUCGAGGGGAAUCGACGCAACGCGCAAAAGAUGUCGAUGUCUUUGUCAUGGCGUUUGGCGGCAAGGGCUUCACAGGCAUGUUGACAGAACGCAUGCAAGUUGCCCAAGAGUUAUGGGCUUCUGAUGUCAAGACGGAAUUCUCGUACAAACUUAAGCCAAAGCUACCGCAACAGUUCAAACAGGCGGAGUCGGCUGGUGUGCCACUUGCGGUCAUCUUGGGAGAAGAGGAAUUGAAAGCAGGUCAGGUCAAGAUCAAGGUCAUGGGUAUCACUGAUGAGAACAACCCAGAGAAGGAUGGUGUGCUGGUUGACAGGAAAGACAUGGUGGCUGAAAUCCGCAAACGGUUGCCCAGUGCUAACGGCGUAUAAGUUUAUGCUCGGCAACGGCACCAAAACAAAAAAGCAUAAGAUACCCAUAGACAUUGAU